AUGGCGGCGAGGCUACCGGCGGCCGAUCUCAACCAGCACCUCUCGUCGCCGUUCACCGCAUUGCGCUGCCGCAGUCCAGUGCCGCAGAGGUGCAGGGCUCUGGAGGAGGAGCCAAGAGGAGGGAGAGGGAGCCGCUGCGGCGCGGGGCCGUCAGCGCGCGGCUCCCGGUGCCGGUCCCGGCCACCCUACGUCGGCACGGACGCCGUCCCGGACGUGUGCCCGGACCGGCAGGUGCACGACGGCGAGAGCAUCAUGCGCAUGCUGAACGCCUGCGAGCUCGCCGCUCGAGUCCUGCACCAUGCCGGAGCCAUGGUCAAACCCUCUGUGACGACGGAUGAGAUCGACAGAGCCGUGCACCAGAUGAUCGUCGACGCCGGCGCUUACCCCUCCCCACUUGGAUACGGGGGCUUCCCGAAGAGCGUGUGCACGUCGGUGAACGAGUGCACCUGCCACGGUAUCCCCGACUCACGCGAGCUACAGGAUGGAGACAUUAUCAACAUUGAUGUUACUGUCUAUUUAAACGGCUACCAUGGGGACACCUCAAGAACAUACCUGUGUGGAGAAGUCGAUGACGCUACUAAGCAACUUGUGAAAGUCACUGAAGAGUGCAUGAUGCGCGGCAUAUCAGCCUGCAAGCAUGGUGCUAGUUUCAAGGAAAUUGGACAGAGAAUAGGGUCUUGA